AUGGCGAGAGUUCGGAAGGGAAAAGCCAUACCUGUAAUGUCUAAAAACUCAAUACGAGUUUUAAAUAUAAUUAUGAUUAUAGGUUUUAUAAGUGCUAUACCUCAGAUUUUUACUACGUUAAUGACAUCAUGGAGAGAAGCUGAACCUAUAGAAUAUAAAUACAUGUUUAGAGGCAGUGAACAUUCUUUAUAUGUUGAUUAUACAUAUUACGGUUUAUAUAAAGUAGUUUAUGAUAAUAAACAUGUAGAGACAUGGACACAAAGAGUACAAAAUAUGAAAAGGAAAGGUAUAGAAGGUAUACAACAAGGAAAAAAUAGCGAAUCAGCUGGUAGCUUAUCAUUAUGGACAUCUGUAUGCCCUGAAGCUUGUAGAGAUGCAAUAGUUAGACGUAUAGAAGCAUAUGAAAGAGUUUCUUUUAUAUCUUUAGUACUUUUAUGUGGUAUUGUAAUAUCUUGUACUAUUGUUAUCUUAUCUAUAGGUUGGAAUUUAUUAUUUUCAAAAAGCAUAUUUAUAUUAAUGGGUUGUUUUAUUUUUUCAUUUGUUAUAAAUGCUGGUGUCGGCACUUAUUGGUAUUAUGAAACAGAUAUGUCUUGGAAUUCUAUAACUAAAGCACAACAAUAUCCUUUCCCCAGAUGCUCACAUUGUUUUUAUAUUUUUAUGAUUACUACAGGUAUAUAUGCACUUUGUUUUCUUAGCUUACUAUUAUUAGACCUAAUUAAUAAGAGUAAACAAAAAUCAUCACAUCUAGAUCAACUUAAUGCACAUAAUAGAAACCCUAUGAAUAAUAAAGCUAUGUAUCAACCUAUGUUCGAUAAUCAACCUGGGAUGAUGAUGCAAAGAAGUGCUAGUUAUUCUAAUAUUAUGCCAUUUGCAAAAGGUAUGAAUAAUGAUUAUUCUAAUUAUAUACAAUAUAAUAAAAUGGGAAUGAAUAUGAACAUGAAUAUGAACCAAAUGUCACCACAAGGAUUCCCAAACUUUAGAAAUAUGGGGUCUAAUGUGGGUCCAAAUAUGGGCCCAUCUAUGGGUUCACCUAUGGGAUCACCAAUGGGACCAAAUAUGGGGUCAUCUAUGGGGCCAUCUAUGGGAUCACAUAUGGGUGCAAAUUUGAAUCCCAAUUUUUUCCCUCAACAAUCAAGGCAAUAUUCUUUUUCAGCUUCGCCAACGUAUCAACAAAACAUGCCUAAUUUUAAUAACUUUUCAAAUAGACAUAUGCCAUCUAUGUCUGAUUUAUAUUUUGCACGUCAAUACUCAGGCAUGAAAUUUGGGGACAUGAAUAACAAUCCAUUUGAUUCACAGAAACCAUAUAAAUUUUAA